AAUCUCCUCAUCUGAUUGUCUUGCUCCCAAGACCAAAUUACAAGGUACUCACGGGAUUACCAUGUACUGGCGUUUUGGGUUGCUCCAUGCGCUCCGAGGGAGAAGCGAGGGUGGAGAGAGAGAGAGAGGCGCGGCCACUUCCUGUUUGGAACAGAGGCGUGUUCUAGCGAGAGAGAGAAAGAGAGGAAGGCGAGAGAGAGGGGCUCGCAGGAAGAGAGACGCAGCACCCUAGAGAGAGAGAGAGAGAGAGAGAGAGAGAGAGAGAGAGAGAAAGUCAUUAACCAUGGCGAAAAAGCGAUCUUCGGAGACGAUGCUCCAGUCCUCUCCAUCUGAAGAGAAGCCCAAGAAAACCAAAAAACUAGCAACCGAAAUUGACGAAAUCUUCUCUCUUUCCAAGAAGAAACCAAAGCUCGAAAAUUCGCCAAAUAGAGGAGAAACACAAGAACCAGCUUCUACUGAGAAGGGAUCCACUGAUACAGAGACGAAGAGGGUCAAGAGCAAGAGGAAAGAGAAUGUGAAGAAAGAGAAGAUUAAGAAGAAAAAGAAGGAUAUUUCUUCGGAGAAUGGAUGGGUCGAUCCUCCUUCUAGGUCAAGGAGGAAAACAGCUGAUGGUUUCACGGUUUAUUCAGCCGAAGAAUUAGGUUUUGGAGAGGCUGAUGCUGGAGGUACCCCACUUUGCCCUUUUGAUUGUUCUUGCUGUUUUUGAUAGAGAGAAAUGGAAGAGAGAGAAAUUAGUGGCUUUGUGUUUUGAGUUGACUCCUGGCUAAGAAAGAAGGCAAGAGACAGAAGUUGGUGGCUCAUGUAAAAGCUAGCGGUUAUGAACUUAAUUUUUAAGGCUACAUGUACUAAUUUUUCCUGGUGAAAUUAGAUGAGCUAUUCAUCAGCUAAUAAGCCUAGAUAUUUGUAUCCUUAUGAACUAUUUUAGGGUUUUGAAUCUCUUA